AUGUUUCCACUGAACGCUGCUGCAUUUGCAGCCGCCCAUGCGGCUGCUACUACUUCCGGAACAACAGCGACAGUAAUUGCUGGAUUAUCAGGAUCAAACUCUAAUUCAUUAGGAGCAUCACAUUGUCUGCCUACUACUACUGUUACUACCGCUAUUGGCACUCCAACAACAGCUGGUUUCAUCAAUAACAAAUGUGAUAUACUUGAUGGUGGUACAGGAGUAGGUAACUGUUGCAACUAUCCCUCAUCAUCCUGGACUGAUCACUUACCGUUACUUGGCGGACACCACCGAGCUUCACCAACAUUUGAUGCUUCGUAUUCACCAUGUGCCACUUCCUAUGCAAUGUAUGAUCAGACCGCAUUCAGUACACAUCAGUCUUAUCUUACAUCAUCUGCUGUUCCUCUCGGGUUUGAAAUAAUAAAUGCAGCAGUUGCUGGUUGUAGUCAAGUUGAAAAAAAUCUGGAACCAUCAUUACUACCUACUUCAUUACAAUGUAACAAAUCCGAAAAUGAAGAAGAUAUUAAUGAUGCCAGUAUAACCAGUAGAGGGGCAAGUGAAGACAUUACCGAUGUUCUCAAUGAAAACGAUACAGUUAAUGAGGAUGAAGAAAGCGGGAAAAAGAAACGGCGUAAACGACGGGUCUUAUUCACAAAAUUGCAAACUUUUGAACUUGAAAGGAGAUUCCGCACACAGAGGUAUCUUUCGGCACCUGAACGUGAACAGCUUGCUAUGCAAAUCCGGUUGACACCUACACAAGUAAAAAUUUGGUUCCAGAACCACAGGUACAAAACGAAGAAGACCUAUCAGGAUAAGAGAGUAACUGGUAAUCUGUCACAGCCAAUGCCAUCUAUUAACUUUUCUCAAUCAAAACGCAUCCCGGUACAAAUGCUGGUGCAUGAUGGAAAACCAUGCCCUACGGAUUUUGUUACCGGUACUUACCCAGCAUCAAAUACUCUUCCGGAUCCAUUCACACCAAAUGGCAGCUAUUUCACACCUACCACUUCUAUUUUGCCUUCUAAUUCACAUUAUUACAUGCCAAAUAGAUGGACUUGGUAA